GUGCAGCUCACACGGCUCGCGAGUGAGGGGACAGCGGGGCUGGACGCCGUGCGCGACUGGGCGGACGAACUGAGCUUGGGUGAGCAACAGCGGCUCUCGAUCGCGCGAGUCCUCCUCCGCAAGCCGCGCCUCGCGAUCCUCGACGAGGCCACUUCGGCUCUCGACCUGGAGAAUGAGGCCCUACUAUACAACGCGCUCGGCCAGCUCGAGGGGCUGACGUACCUGUCGGUCGGGCAUCGCCCUUCGUUGCUAAACUUCCACGCGUCACGGCUGCGGCUCUAUGGCGUGGAGCGGACACCGUGCUAUGCCGUUGAGACGAUCGGAUAG